ACGUGGCAACCCCAAAAAAGAUUACGUGUUAGGCUUAGACAGGUACCUAGCUUCUGCUUUUAUGGUUGUUUUUUUUAUGUCCGAGUGUGGAAUGGGAGAUGAAAAUGGCGAAAAUGGCUGAUAUACGCGACGAGCAUGGCAACCCCAUCCGACUCACCGACGAGCAGGGCAACCCGGUUCUGCUGACUGAUGAACAUGGCAACCCCAUGUGGCUCACUGGCGUCGCAACCAAGGUUGGCACGACGCUCGGGUCACUGAUGUUUGGUGGUGGUGGCAGCCGGGAUGGUGGCCAUGGUUGUGCUUCUGAUGCUCAAGCUAGUUCAGGAGGUGGCUAUGGCGAUGUCGAGCAGGUGCUGCCGCCGCAUGAAGAGGAUGAAGAUGGUGGCUCUACUGUUCAUGUUCGCUCUACCAGUUCAGGCUCGAGUUUGUCUGAGGAAGAACAAAAUGAGAGGAAGGGGGAGAAGAAGAAGAAGAAAGGACUGACUCAGAAAAUAAAAGAGAAACUGAGAGGAGGGAAACACAAAGAGGAGCAGCCUUAUGCUUCUCCCCUGCCGACCACCACGGAAGGCAGACUCUCCGACCACCAUGGAAAGAACUCACCGAACUUAAUGUUUUAAAUCUUUAAGAGGACGUUUAGGGCAAGAAGUUGGAUAUUAUAAUUCUAAGUUAUUAUAGUUGGGUUAUAAAAGUUUGUGUUUGGGGUAUAGAUUAUUUUAGUUUGGGUUAUAAUAGUAUAUGUUUGAGAUUA